AUGGCAGGUGAAAUCCCAAUAGUGUCUGGGAUACUGGAGAAAAGCCCGUUGUGUCCGAUUCAAUCACUAAAGGGAGGACAAUCUUCCAUUCAGGAAGAUCACGCAUCAGACCUCACACCAUUUUCACAAACGCCGCCGAGCUCCACAACAACGAUGACAAAAACCCCCGCGGCCAACAUAUGGCACCCUGCAACCAACCCAAUCCUACAAGUUGUAAUCGCAGGAGGAAAUGGUGUCUCGCCCAGUCUCAACCCAGCAGGAGAGGCAAGAUGGCAACCAACAAAGAUGCAAUCGUCACUCCUGACACAUGUCGAGAAGUGGGAGAUUGAUGAGAAACAACUGGUCGGCAACAUCGUCGAUAUAGCAAAAGACCUCAAGCCGAAGUUUGACGAGGAUAAACACCACCCCAAAAACCAGAAAGAUGGAGGAAAAGAUCAUCAAAAAGGGAAGAGAUACUCACAAUCACCGAGCUUUGCCCAUGUAUCAACCGCCAAAGCCGAUGCGAAGGUACAAGAGUAUAUCAUCAGAACAUCCUCAAUAUAG